UUUAUAUGACAAAACCAAAAUAAUUCAUGGGAAUGUACUGAUUUUGUCAUUGUAUGAAAACUUAUCAGGUUUUCUCCUCUCAGGUAGCAGGAGAGCUUGUUGUGGUGCAGCAGCUGAAGUGCAGCAGUCAAAGUGAAACAUUGCAAACCGGCAUUUCGCUCCACGCCAGCGAGGUGGCCGCCGAGCGCGGCCCGGAGCUGCGGUCGGCGCCCGAGCAGAGCCCGCUGGAGGAGUUCCUGGCCACAGCCGAGCUCGCCGGCACCCGCUUCGUGGCCGAGCGUCUGAAUGCCCAGAUCGUGUCUGCCCAGAGCUGCACGGGCCUGCUCACAGCCCAGGAGGCUCAGCGCAUCCAGCAGCUGCACCAGGAGAACCAGGAGUUCCUGCGCAUCCCGCGGAGGCCACGCUGGGAUAGGACAACCAGCGCAGAGGACUUGAAGCAAGCGGAGAGGGAAAGCUUUCUCGAGUGGAGGCGACAGCUUGCCCACCUUGAGGAAGUGAAAAAAUUAAUUCUAACCCCAUUUGAACGAAACUUGGAAUUUUGGCGUCAGCUUUGGAGAGUCAUUGAAAGAAGUGACAUUGUAGUCCAGAUAGUAGAUGCUAGAAACCCCCUUCUGUUUAGAUGUCAAGAUCUGGAAAGUUACGUUAAGGAAGUCAGUAAUGACAAGGAGAACAUGAUCCUGAUCAACAAAGCAGAUUUGCUGAGUGAGGAGCAGCGGGCUGCUUGGGCACAGUUCUUUGAGAAGGAGGGUGUGAAGGUGGUGUUCUGGUCAGCAUUGGCAGAGUGUAAACGGCUGUCUGGAGAAGCAAAGGAAUGGGACACUGAAGGUGUAGCAGAGCACCUGAGUGAUUCUGAGGAUGAAAGCUCCAGUCAAGAAGAAGACUACACAGCAGAAGGUAGCGCAGAAAGCACAUCCACAGACAGUGCUUUGCAAACCGUAAACCAGGUUCUGCUUAGUGACGAUGACAGCAGUGAUGAAUAUGAAGACUGUGAAGAAGAUGAAGAGGAGGCCUGGCAAACCUGUUCUGAAGAUGAAGAUGGGGACAACAUAAAUGCUAUUGCUCCAGAGAGGAUGGGAAACAAGACUGAUGGUGCUGCAGUGCAGCAUAUAGUGCAAGAGCAGAACAGGAAUGUCAGGAACUUCAGCCAUCUAGUACAGAGAAAUGAGCUGCUGGAGAUAUUCAAAACCAUGCACGAUGGACCAAGGGUGAAGGAUGGGGAAGUAAAUGUCGGGCUGGUGGGUUACCCUAAUGUUGGCAAAAGUUCAACCAUCAACACAAUCCUUGGAAACAAGAAGGUGUCAGUGUCUGCUACACCGGGCCGUACAAAACACUUUCAGACCCUGUAUGUGGAGCCUGGCCUGUGCCUUUGUGAUUGCCCUGGUCUGGUGAUGCCAUCUUUCGUCUCUACCAAGGCAGAAAUGAUUUGUUCUGGAAUUCUGCCUAUAGACCAGAUGAGGGACCAUGUCCCACCUAUUUCUCUAGUUUGCCAGCAUAUCCCACGAAACAUUUUGGAAGCAACCUAUGGAAUAAGUAUUAUAAGACCAAGGGAAGAUGAGGAUCCAGAUCGAAAGCCAACAGCUGAAGAGCUGCUAACAGCAUAUGGAUAUAUGAGAGGCUUUAUGACAGCUCAUGGACAGCCAGACCAGCCGAGAUCAGCUCGAUAUGUGUUAAAAGACUAUGUCAAUGGGAAGCUGUUAUAUUGCCACCCACCUCCUGGUAUUGACCCAAAUGAUUUUCAGCACCAGCAUCAAAAAUGCCUGGAGAGCAGAACUCUGCAGGCCCAUGGACAGGUGAAGCCUGAGAAGAAUACCAAAGCAAAGCAGAUUGAAAAUGUGGUGGACAAAACGUUCUUCCACCAGGAGAACGUCCGUGCCCUCAUGAAAGGAGUCCGGGCUGCAAUGGGAUACCGGCCUGGCAGCGGCCUCGUGCCUGUGACUGCAUCCAAUCCUGGGAAUGGGGUAGGGAAGCCCUGGAAAAAACAUGGAAACAGGAACAAGAAGGAGAAAAUCCGCAGGAUCACCAAGCACCUGGAGGCUUAGCUGUGGCACCAGUACUGGGCUUUUCCAGGGCAGGGACUGCACUGUCCCACAGGCCUUAAUUGAGGGGUAAAAUAAAAAGGAUAAGUGGGUAUCACUAGCUCACCUGGUAGCUCUGUGCUGUGGAGUGGCCUGGCCAGGGCUAGGGGUGGGCUCUGGUAGUUGGAGCUCAUCCCUUCUGGGAACAAAAGAGACCUGGCUGUUUGUGUUAUCUGGAAGCCAGCCCAGAUGUUUGACUGCUGCUGAAACAUCCUUUCAAUGGGAGCAGAUGGAGCCAUGCGGGAGUGUUUUUUCCUUCCAUAAAGGAUGUAUUUUAUGGCUGUUGCAAUCAAAGCAAGCCCUGUAAAUCUGACUAAAAUCUUUAUAAACAGUUGAACUUCAAUGAGUGAUGUUUGUUACAUUAUGAGACACUAUUGCUCAUCUCCUUUUUUUUUUUCUGUCUUUAAAGCUGGUUUGUUGAUUUGACAGAACACUUUAGUGUGUUGAAAAAUGAGGUAAAGUGAUCUUUAUUGCCCUCUUCCUUCUCUGCUGUGCCAGACCUAUUCUGUAGAAUCUGGUACUGAAACCACUCCCCAUUUCCCAGCUUGAGCAGAGCAUGGCACACUGUGCAAGGAAAAUGCUUUUAUGUCCUUCACGCUGAGCUGGUAUCAGUUGUUUUUCUGUGUGACUUUCCACUGGUAUUUUAAAACAUUAGCUCCGUUUGACUGGCUAAAAAUCUGGUGCUAAUUUGUCCUUAAAUAUAUUUGAGAUUUUACUUCCUA